AUGGCCGACGCAUCAUCGGCACACCUGCAGCACAACGGCAAUUCAAGCAGAAAGCUUCGGCUAGAGAAUCUGCCCUCUGAAAUAUGCGAUCUCAUACUUGCCUGUCUUGACUCUGCCGCCCCUUCUGAGCAGAGGUUCUGCGACGAGCCCACCUUUGAGCUCGUAAAAUCCGACACGCGUCCGUUGAAGACCUUGUCACAAGUUUCCCGAGCCUGGCGAUACUUGACUUUGCCGUGGUUAUUCAGGCACGUCACGUACUGCAUUACCGCAGAUCCUUUCACGGAAGGUCUAUAUCCAACUGUGGCUUUUCAUAUCGGCCGAGAAGCAAGACGCCUCAACUCUUUUCUUGAGAAGCAUUCUUUGCAUCGCUACGUCUCUUCAUUGGUCGUCUAUACAACCGAAGACGUUUGCUAUGGAUAUUUGGAUAGGGAAAGUCGGAUAUUCACUGCAGAUGAGAAAGGCGAGGCAAGUUUGGCAGAUGCGCUGUGGCCUGUACUUUUGUCUUCCUUGAACCCUGAUCGAGUCGUCAUCCUGGCUCCUCCGUUGAGCUUGGGCUCUUUGACAGAUGGCGUGCAUGUGGAUACGAAACAUGCUUGGGCAUUUGACAGUCCACUUCAGUCUCUGCAAGUUUCAAAGAAACGGCGACCCUAUGGACAGAAAAGCUUGACUCACAAUGGCUCAGCGGAAAGGCUCUUUGACGGCCGCCAAUGGUCAGAACUUGCGGUCAACGAGGGCUCCUUUAUCAGAGCUUACAGUACAUACGAAUAUUUUCUGAAGGAAAAGCCCUCUACCAUUCCGAGUCUGCACUGGCGUGCCCUCUAUGGCAGCAACUUUUUCCGUCAACUGACAUCCCUCCAUUACAACGCAAUUUUUCCAUUCUACAAUACCCUUGAGCUGUUCCUAAAUUUGGCACGAAUAUGUCCGAAUGUAACGCGAUUAAGUAUGCAAUUAGCGCCUAGCCUGAAGAGCGGUUUGCUCACCAAUAAGGAGCGCAUUGGCACCUCAGACCUCCGAGAUAUGUGGAUGGAGCUCGAGUCGGGCUACCAGUUGAUCAUCUUCGCCAUCAAGGAUAUGACACGCGAAGGAAAUCUGCGCGAGUUCAGGAGCCUAGACUAUGUAUCGUGGCCCGACGACCUGAAGGCCGUGUUAGAUGAAGGUAUCUCAGACGAUACUCUAGGCUGGCAGCCCCGCGAACCGGGCUAUUGGGCAACCGCUUGGCCAUUCAAUGCCGAACUUAGCAACUCUGUGACUACCGGAGAAGGGUGA